AUGACCUCCCGACUCCCCGUAGAACUCGUGCGCGAGAUUCUUGCUUCCAUCGAGGAUCCAGAAGACGACGACGACCUCACCGCUACGUAUACUGUAUCACCCAUUCUCAUCGCUUGCUCCCUCGUCUGUCACGCUUGGAACGAUAUCUGCCGGCCCCGCAUCUUCAGCAAAAUAGUCAUAAACCAAGAUACAGCUGGACUUCUUGAUCGACUCUCCUUCCUGCAUUUCACUGCACCCUACCUCACCCGUUAUAUUGUCUGCCUGCAUCUGUGGUGGGAUGAUGAUGUUGCCCUAGCACCACCAUGGGUCUCAGACUGCUUCGCCCACAUGAGGAAUCUCACUUCGUUAUGUCUCAUUUGGGAUCCUUCCACGACGGUCGCGGCACACAUCGCAUUAUCCACGCUUGGAAUCAUGUCCUUAAUCCCUGAACUUUGCCUCAAAGAACUUGCCUUAGUCGGCUGGCGAGUUGACGAGGACGGCUCGGAUAUUCUGCCCUUCCUUUCAGCCUGUUCAACCAGCCUCGACGAACUUGUGAUUGUGAUCACCCACACCUUCGACCAUGGAGCAUUGCUACGACCCGCGGACCCGUCUAUCAUUCGGUUGGAGGCUCUCCGCGAACUAGUUGUGAUCGGCAAGGGAGAUCGACUCCCUCGUAUCGACGCUAUAGAGUGUCCGAAUCUCAGGUCUUUGACCAUCGAGCACCUAGGCGACGGCCCUUGGGGCAUACCCCCAAAAAUCUCCGACAAGCUAGUUGAUCUCACUGUGACAGCGCCCUGCUCGUCUCUCAUUCCCGAACUAGGUCAGCGCAUACGGCCCUCUGAGCUGAAGCUAGAGGUCCAGAAGGAAUCCGAUGAGGCGUACCGCAGUGCCAUGGUAUGGAUACGGGACUGUAUUGCUCGCCUUCCGUUUCCUUGUGCCAUUCGUGAGCUUGUAAUCGAGAUCGCAAACGAGGAGGGCAAGGAUCUGGAUGCACUGGAUUAUCCUUCCCUCGCCGACUAUGAAGAACUGUACCGCGCAGUACGCUCGCUCGCACAGCACGGGGCAUUGCGGAACAUGGACGUCACACUCAAGACGUAUGUUGCUAGUGGCAAGGUGUACGAAGAUGAUCACGAGGGGGAGGCUGCGAAGCUGGACGAAGCGUUCGGCCCGUUGUUACGAACGGGUAAAAUGACUGUUAAUCUCACUUUGGACCAAACCCAAGAUUGA